CAAACAUCUUGCAGAAUGACAUCGCUGUUUGGGAAUCUACUAUCGAACCCCUUUGAAGACCUUGUUGACAAGGCCACAUCUGAAAACCUGCCAGUUGGAACAGACGACAUAGUUUCUAAUCUGGAUAUUGCAGAUAAGAUUAAGAGCAAAGAAGUCUCUGCCAAAACUGCCAUACAGUCAUUCAAGCGUCGCAUUAACCACAAGAAUCCCAAUGUUCAGCUGUUGGCUCUCAAGCUUACAGAUACUUGCGUUAAAAACUCUGGCCAUCACUUUUUACAAGAAGUAGCAUCAAGAGAGUUUAUAGAUAAUCUGGUCUCGAUUUCUCGCUCUUUGAUGAAUCCUAAUACUGAUGUCAAGCAAAAAAUACUGGCAUUGAUCCAGGCUUGGGGAAUCACAUUCAAGUCCAAACCAGAUUUGAGUUUUGUAUGCGAAAUCUAUGAAGCCAUGAAAAAAGAGGGUGUCAUUUUCCCACCCAUUGAUGCUGCAGAUACUGCUGCUGCAAUCAUAGAUACUCAAACGGUGCCUGACUGGACAGACAGCGAACUUUGCAUGCGAUGCAGGACAGCAUUCACUACAUUCAACCGAAAGCAUCAUUGUAGAAACUGUGGCAAAACAUAUUGCAAUGAUUGCUCGUCCAAACGUAUUCCGCUUGCACAUCUUGGCAUUACUGAGCCGGUUAGGGUUUGUGAUACCUGCCAUACCAAACUUGCCACAAAAUCACCUGCAAAUACCAACGAUUUUGCCAAAACAAAUAGUGCCAAUAGCACAACUGGACUCGGUGCCUCAUCCACUACAUCAACAGCAUCCAGUAAUGCUCACGAGGAUCUAGCCAAAAAAGAAGACGAGGAUCUUGCUAAAGCUAUUGCGGCUUCUCUUGGUACGACCAAUGACAGUGGCGUGUCUUCAUCUGCAUCAAGAAAGUCGACCACAAAACAGUCUGUUCGAUUUGCAACGCAGGAUCAAGAAUCUGACGAAGAUUUGAAGCGUGCUAUUGAGGCUUCUUUAAGAGAUGCUGAAAGAUCAACACCAGUCCAACGCAAUUCAAACCUGUAUGGAAGUCCACCCGAUCAUCAACAGCAAUCCUCACUUUAUGGCUCCGAGUCGAAAAGUUUUAGUGAACGGACCCCGACAGCUGUCGCAGUAGUAGAUUCUUCUAAUGACAUCUCACCUACAGAGCUGGAAAACAUUCGAUUGUUUUCGGAAUUGGUCGAGCGAACAGAAGCAGAUAUUUUAUCCAAGGGCAUUACUAAUUUAAACCCAGCCCAACUACAAGCCUUGCUGACUCAGGUUUCUCCGCUUCAAGUCAAACUUCAUUCCAGUAUUGAGGUUGCUGCUAACAAGUACAAGACUUUAUAUGAUAUAAAUGAGCAGAUUAAUGAUGCCGUCAAAUUGUAUGAUCAGUUUUUAAAACAGCGAUUGACGUUUUCUCAGCAACAACACAGCAGUGUUGGUAUACCCUAUGGGCAUCCAUAUCUGGCUGGAGUAUCAUCUGCCGCUGGUGUAUAUGCGUCGCCAAAUACUCAACAGCAGCCGCAGAAACAAUGGGGAGCGCCAGCUGUUGAUUCGAAUGCAGCAUCUCAGCCCUAUCAGAUUCCUGGUAGUCUUUCCUAUCCACCGCAUGCUACUUUUAUCCCUGGAGGCAGUGUUCCUGGGGUGCUUCAGCCAGUUCAGCAGCAGCCAGCAUACCCGCCUUCACAUAAUUAUGGACACCCGCCUUCAAAUUUAGCACCCGGAUCCCAGUAUUCGUAUGGGGCACCCUCACAGCCAGAAUCUAAUAUAGCCCUUCAGGUUUCAAAUGGAGUACCAUAUCAACCCCCUCCAUCUGAUGCUCAUGUUGCUCAACCACAAAGGCACACUCAACAACCACCACAGCCAGUUGUACAAGAAGCACCACUGAUUGAACUAUAGUUCUAGCGAUCCUUGUAGCAGAUUAUUAUUUGAGUGGUAUGCAGUUUAUCAAUAAAAACAAACAGUUGUGAUUAC